AUGCCAAAGGGAAGCCUGUUCGAUCGUGCCGAGCGGCCACGGGGAAGAGACAGUCGUAGUCUUAGCCCGGACGCUGCUGAGGCUAGUGGUGGCCGAAGAGGUAGGCGGAACAAUACCAACCUUGCCCCACCAGAAAACAUCGACCGAUACGUUCCUGGUCAGCGAUCGCCGAUACGGAAACAUGAUUCGGGUAGAAACAGGGGUCGUCGGGGUGGUGGUGGUGGUGGUAGAGACAGCAGGGAAGCAACUGGUAGUCGGAACCGUGGGUCGGGGAGAACGAAGAAGACGCAGGAAGAGCUUGACCAGGAAAUGGAGGAUUACUGGGGGAAAGCCAACGCUGAUACUGCUGGCGGUGCUAGCAAUAAUGCCGCCGAAAACCAGCCCGCCGCUGUUCAACCUGCCGCUCAGCCUGCCCCUGCGGCCGGUGGUGAGGAAGACAUUGACAUGAUUGAGUGA